AUGCCUUCUCACACCCAGUCCACCUCCCCUCCUCCCCGGAGACGGAGAGCUUUAGAAGAGCGCAGUUCCGCUCAUGCCAACGAAAGAUCGCCCACUCGAUCAUUACAUAGGGUUCGAACGCAAGAAGAUGUGAAUGAAAUGUAUAUGGCGACACCAUUUCCGACAAAACCAGAACAGAUAUUAUUGCCAAUUCCUGGCAAAGGCCAGCAGCAGUACAUCGCAGAUACCGGCCUCAGGUAUGCCCAUGCUGGCCCUUCAUCGUCAACCUGGUCGCCGACAUUCAGCCAUGGCACGGACAGCAGCGCGCGGGAGCAAUCUGUUGGCGAGUGGGAUACAUCAACGGUGGACCCUGGCAACUCGCCGCCGGAGAUGUGGGAUGAAGACCCAACAUCUAGCAAGUCUUCUUUGCCGGACUUCCCAUCAGCCAAGCCGGACGACUUCCAUUCGGAUGGCUCGGAAGCCGAGUUCUCAGAUGAUGACUUAAUUGUGCUGCCAACCGCGACACCGACAAUUAAAGCGGUUGUAUCAGAGCCACCGACGUCUCCAAAAUCAGAGCCGGAAGAUGCAUCAACAUUGGGGUACUCAAGCCCCAACAUCCAGCCAAUUGGAGCUCCAUCCAGCCCUAACUUCGUCACCCUGGAUAACUCGAGCGUCAACUUCCUGCCUCACGGACCUGGUUCCAAUUCGGAUUCCGAUCCACGAACGGACUCCCUAUCAUCGUGGAACUCGCGAGGAACCGCCGUGAGACAUGCUGGUGCAGCGCAAUGGAUCUUCACAGCCUCAUCAGAACGACCGAGCCACUCCCGUUCGCCGUCAUUCCAUUCGAGCCCUCCGACACAAUCGGUGGCAUCAUUCCGCACAGCAUCCCGGCGACUUUCAGAAAGCCGAUCGCGGUCUGCGACUUCGUCCUCGCGCAGUCUUCGCUCGGUGUCCGACAUCCAGACCGCCAUGGAUAGUGGUGUGCCAAUUCAAUAUCCCCGAAUUCGUGGUCCGUCGUCCAGCUCUCGAGCAGAGACCUCUGACUCCUCAGAGCGCGACUUCACCCCAGGUCCGGCUUCCGGCCGCUGGAACCCUCAUCUCUCCCGAGUAUCGUCGAUAUGGUCUGCAGAGGAAUUUCCCGACCAGCCUGUUGAGGUCGAGGUCUCAAGCACCGACUCGGAGCCUGCAAUCAUAUCAUCCGCAAUUCCGUCAUCCGUGGCCCUGAAUUCGAAGACAAGCAAAUCCACUGUCUGGUUGGUGAAUGAAGCAGAUGAUGACGAGCACUUGGACAGCCUGACAAACCUACCAAGUCGGCGUGGCUUCCCGCAUAGCUUGUCAUCGGGCUCCAAGCGCAGCAACAGCUUGCGAAGUAACAGCCUGCGCAGCCUCAAGCGCCCGGGCACUGGCUCAAGUACCUUGAUGCACAUCCUCCCCACGUGGGCGAAGAUCUACUACCGCUCUGAUGCCCUCGGAAUGCAUCCGACCUUGUCAAUGAUGGACCCCAGCCGGCCCUCCUCUGGUCGCCCGGGAACCAGCAACUCCAGUGUCUUCAACCUCGUGCCGAACCCGCUCAAUGUCCCCCGCCCUCGGUCCCCAGACCGUCCUCGCUCGCCUGAACGUGUCCACUUUGCUCAGCGACGCAUCGACAGUGACCCACGAGACCCGCGCGCUCACUGGGUCGCAUCUCCAGAGCCCGAGGAUGGAGAAGUGGUUGGACCGCAUCGCCACCGACUACGGCAUAGCUGGUCGCCGCAUCUCUUCACUGACCGCCGUACUAUCCAGCACUCGGCCAGUGCAUGGACAACUCCUUCAUUUGACUCCACGACUGAACCAAUCUUUGGUCGGAGGAAUAUCCAGGUCUACUCAUUCUGUGUGGGCUUCAUUUUCCCCCUUGCCUGGAUCAUUGCCUCUUUUAUUCCUUUGCCGCCUAAACCCAAGAUGGCGGAAAUGAUUGAGUCAGACGAUGAUGUUGAAAUGGCCCUUGAGUCUCAGUUGAUGGUUCUCCAACAACGACGGUAUAAUAAUACACGAUGGUGGCGGAAUCUCAACCGGUGGAUGAUUUCCCUUGGGGUUGUGAUCAUCGUUAUUGUGAUCACUCUUGCUGCCAUUGGAAAAACCACUGGCUUCUAAUUGUAAUUGCUUUGUCGCACACAUCUCUUUUCAUGAUCAAACAUUCUUUCGAUCUUCUACGCUGUCACGACUCGGACACUCCCUUUCGUCUGAUAUUUGCAUUCGACUCAUUUGUUAAUCCUUUCAUUCAAUUUCGGAGCCACGCUCAAACAUAUUCCCC